AUGUCACCGUCUGCAACCUCGGACAUCUACGCUUCCUCCGGGGCUUCGGACUUCGCAGUCCAGAGCCCAUCGCCCAACUUCAGCGGCUACGACCACAUCACAUGGUGGGUGGGCAACGCCAAGCAGGCCGCCGGCUUCUAUACCACCUUCUUCGGCUUCAAGACCAUCGCCUACCGCGGCCUGGAGACUGGCAGCCGCUACUUUGCCUCAUAUGUCGUGGCCAACAACGAUGUGCGCUUCGUCUUCACAUCGCCCAUCCGUUCGGCCAAGCAUCUGCCCGAAGAUGAGCCCAUCUCGCCCGAGGACAAGCACCUCCUCCAGGAGAUGCACGAGCAUCUGGAGAAGCACGGCGACGCAGUCAAGGACGUAGCCUUUGAGGUUGACAGCGUCGACGGCGUCUACGACAAGGCCGUGGUCGAGGGCGCCGACGCCGUCCAGCCGCCCAUGACGACGGGCGACAAGGAGCAGGGCCACGUGCGCACCGCCGUCAUCCGCACCUACGGCGACACUACGCACACACUCAUCGCCCGUCAGAACUUCCGCGGCGCCUUCCUGCCGGGUUUCCGCGCCGUCCCGUCAACCUCCGGCACAGCCACCGCCGCCCUGCCCCCGGUCCCGCUCGCCCGCAUCGACCACUGCGUCGGCAACCAGGACUGGAACGAGAUGGUGUCGGCCUGCGCCUUCUACGAGCAGUGCCUCUCAUUCCACCGCUUUUGGUCCGUCGACGACAGCCAGAUCUGCACCGAGUUCAGCGCGCUCAGUUCCAUCGUCAUGGCGAGCCCCAAUAACGUUGUCAAGAUGCCCAUCAACGAGCCCGCGCCGGGCAAGAAGAAGUCGCAGAUCGAGGAGUACGUGCAGUUCAACUCGGGCCCGGGCGUCCAGCACAUUGCGCUGCUCACGCCCGACAUCAUCGCCAGCGUGUCGGCUCUGCGCGCCCGCGGCGUGCAGUUCAUCGACGUGCCCAAGACGUACUACGAGACGAUACGGAUGCGGCUCAAGACCGAGAGGCGGGACUGGGAGCUCAAGGAGGACCUGGACGUCAUUGAGCGGCUGAAUAUCCUGAUCGAUUAUGACGAGCGGGGUUAUCUGCUGCAGCUGUUCACCAAGCCGCUGAUGGACAGGCCAACGGUGUUUAUUGAGAUCAUCCAGCGGAAUGAGUUUGACGGAUUCGGAGCGGGUAACUUUAAGAGCCUGUUUGAGGCUAUAGAGCGGGAGCAGGCAGAGCGGGGGAAUUUGUAA